AUGGGGAAGGGAACAGGGAGUUUCGGUAAGAGGAGGAACAAGACCCACACUCUCUGUGUGAGGUGCGGCCGCCGUAGUUUCCACCUCCAGAAGAGUCGCUGCGCCGCUUGCGCUUUCCCCGCUGCUCGCAAGAGGAAAUAUAACUGGAGUGUCAAGGCAAUCCGCAGAAAGACCACCGGAACUGGCAGGAUGAGGUACUUGCGUAACGUGCCUCGCCGAUUCAAGAGUGGGUUCAGAGAAGGUACUGAAGCUGCACCAAGGAAGAAGGGAGCAGCUGCUACUGCUUAA